GGCAGAGAGGUGGUUUGGGGACCGAGCGGGACAGGGGCGUCCCACCGCCCGAUCCCACCCCGGCGCUUUGCAUAAAUAAAUAAAUCAUGCGGCAAGGGAGAGGUGGAGAGAGAGGGCGAGCAGAGGAGGUUACUUUGGGAAGCCGCGCAGCUCGCUCAUCCCAGCCCCGUAGUUCGGAGGGAGUGUGUCAUGUUACAGGGGAGCCACGAUCAGCCAGAGCACAACGUCGCCGGAGCAGCUGAGAAUUACCUCUCUAAUGGGGACUUUCAUGUGCGAGCUCCUGGCCACUCUGCGAAGGAACUGAAACUGACAGCUUAGAAAGAAAAACCUACCCGCGAACCAAAAGACUGAAAUACAGGAGGAAAAAAAAAAAAUCUUGAUCAGAUUAUUUUUUCCCCCCUUCGCACUCUUUGCUGCAGUUGGAUCCCUUUUUUCUGCACCCCUUUUAUGACAGGGAGGGAAUGUUGGAGGAGAAGAGCUGGAAAGGCGUCGACGAAGCAGCUUUUGACAGGGGGUGUGUGGCUCCCCCCAGGACCGGCGAUGGGGAGAGAUGCUGCCGCCUCCCUCUCCUGCUGGGCUCGGGGCUGCCCGGCGUGUCCCUGCUCUCUCUGGUGCUGAGCCUCUUGCUGUACUUUCGGACCUCUGAUCUGCAGUCCCGGGUGUCCCACUUGGAAGCGGACAGACCCACACAGCUCCCUGCCUGGCUCUCAGCAGACCAAAUGGAGACAGCUAUUUUGGGAAGAGUUGACCAACUGCUCAAUGAGAAAUUGAAGUUCCACUUGCCAAGACAUCGAGAAGUUCGAGACACGUACCAGCGAUGCAACUGCCCGGCAGGUCCACCUGGGGACAAAGGUGCGAUGGGAAUCCCUGGGCGGCCGGGACUAAAAGGGCAAUCUGGAGAGAAGGGUGCUCCAGGAGAAGCUGGCAUGUCCAUCAUUGGGCCCCGUGGUCCACCCGGACAGCCUGGAACAAGAGGUUUUCCUGGAUUCCCGGGCCCUAUUGGCUUGGACGGCAAACCGGGGCAUCCUGGACAGAAGGGAGAGAUGGGUGCUGCAGGUCCCAGGGGACAACCUGGACCCCCAGGACAAAAAGGAGAGAAGGGUCAGUGUGCAGAGUACCCGCACAGGCUGCUGCCUCUUCUCAAUUCCGUGCGGCUGGCUCCACCUCCGGUCAUAAAGAGACGCACUUUCCAGGGUGAACAAGGACAGGCGGGGAUCCAAGGUCCCCCGGGGCCCCCUGGUCCACCAGGACCCCCUGGACCAGCUGGGCCCGAAGGAAUCCCAGGACAUCCUGGACCAGUUGGACCCCCUGGCAGAGCAGGAGAACCUGGAAAGCCUGGCAGAGAUGGAAAGGGCUUACCUGGGCCUCCUGGACCAAAGGGAGAUGCUGGGAUUCAGGGAUACCCUGGCAGAAAGGGUGAGGUGGGCGAGUCAGGCCUGCCUGGUGCCCGUGGCCUCCCUGGAGCCUCUGGCCCCAAGGGUGAAAAAGGGGACGCUGGCAUAAAGGGGGAGAGAGGCAUGCCAGGGCUGCCAGGAAGACAUGGCUCUAAGGGCGCUCCCGGGACGGCUGCUGCAGGGAUGAAGGGCGAGCCUGGGACUCCAGGAGAAAAGGGAGAUUCUGGAGUGCCAGGGAGGAUGGGCCCCCCAGGUUUGCCAGGGAAGAGGGGGCAGCGGGGUGAGAAGGGACGAGCUGGUGACCCUGGAAUUCCUGGACUUCCUGGCCCAAAGGGAGAGAAGGGAAUUGCUGAGAAUGCCUUGGUGGGAGCUAAAGGAGAACCUGGCCCUCCAGGUCUGCCUGGACCCCCUGGACCAAAGGGAGAAGCUGGUGAUGUUGGUCAGCCUGGUGCUGCAGGAUCACAGGGAGAAAAGGGGGAACGUGGUUCACCAGGAGACCAGGGACCCAUGGGCCCAAGGGGCCCCAAAGGAGAGCCUGGGAAGGAUGAAAUGAUGGACUAUGAUGGGAACAUCAGUGAAGCUCUCCAGGAAAUACGAACUUUGGCCUUGAUGGGACCCCCAGGACGUCCAGGUGUGGCUGGACCCCCAGGGCCACCAGGACAGAAGGGUGAAAUUGGCUUGCCAGGUCCUCCAGGCCACGACGGAGAAAAGGGACCACGUGGCAAGCCUGGAGAAGUGGGGCCCCCUGGGCCUCAGGGACUGCCAGGAAAGGAUGGACCUGCUGGGAUGAAGGGAGAGCCAGGCCACGUCGGGGUCAGAGGAGAGAAGGGUGACAAGGGGGAGCCAGGACAAGCAGGCUCACCGGGUCUAGAUGGCCCCACUGGAGAGAAAGGCGAACAAGGUGACCAAGGGAUACCAGGACCACCAGGAUUGCCAGGGCCCAUUGGACUUCCAGGACUGACAAUAUCUGGGCCCCCUGGACCCCAAGGGCCUCCAGGACCUCCAGGUCUUCAGGGUGUUCCAGGACCCAAGGGGGAAGCAGGGAUUGAUGGAGUGAAAGGAGAGAAGGGUGCCCAGGGUGAAAAAGGAGACAGAGGGCCACUGGGAUUACCCGGUGCUUCAGGUUUAGACGGCAGGCCUGGACCACCGGGUAUUCCAGGACCAAUUGGGGUUUCGGGACCAGCAGGACCAAAAGGAGAAAGGGGCAGUAAAGGAGAUCCUGGAGUUGCAGGACCAAUGGGGCCAGCAGGGCUUCCUGGUUUACAAGGCCUACCUGGUGACAAGGGAGUCCGGGGUCUGCGAGGUUUUAAAGGCGAGAAGGGUGAGCCGGGGUUACCUGGGCUGGACGGCCUGGAUGCCCCUUGCCCAUUGGUAUGGUGUACCUUCCCUUUCCUGCAUGCUCGUUUGCUUUUUGGCUCUUGGUGCUGUUUUCUGAUCCCCCCAAACAGCUGCAUGCCCUAGAAACACCUGGCAGUUCCUUCCUUACCUGUCUCCAUACUCCCUCCCUCUCAUGGCUGCUGUCAGAACCAGGCCCUUCCCUUCAUUCUGAUUCCCAGCAGGACUUUGUGGCAUGAAAAAAAUAGAGUUGGAAUGUGGUUUUAUUUACAACUGCUUCACUUCUUCCUUUGCCUUCCUUUUGACAAUUUCCAGUAAACCAGUGUAUGCAGACCCAACUCUGCACUGGCUUGGCUUCCUCACAAGGAGCUGCAGUGCUUGUGUCCUUCAUUAACUCUGUUUUUAAUUGCUUGUGUGUGUUGAGCACAGUCUGCCAUGGUUCUGUAUGACCUCAGUCACCCCAUACAUGAAGAUGACUGAAAAUAAUAGUUAUCCCAUUAGUAGCCCAUGUGAAAUGUAUUAAUGGGGACUUAACCUCCCUGCUGAAUAAUUCCUGUUUAUGGCUCUCCCCAGAAGUCCAAAUUGUACCCAUAGCAUCCAAAAAACUUGAAUUUAGGAUUGCCUGUUUCCCAAUAUUCGUCUUAUUCAAGUGAUAAAAUGAUUAUUGUAUUAGUGCCUGAUCUAAUCAACGGCCCAACUGUUGUAGGACAAAAGUAUUCAGGAACAUUUAACCCCAACUGAUUUCUUAGUAUCCAAAUAAUGGUCACCAAUUUAUUCAUUUUCUCUGAGUUUUCUGGAGAUGCAGCAUUCAGGUGAUGUUUUUGCUCCCUGGCAGAGUCUCAACAUCUCCAUUAUACAAAGAAACUUUUACACCCCUGCCCAUCCAGCCCUGUUUGGCAUGACAAGGUUUGCUUGAGGAUGGUCUUUCCAAGCUUUAUGCUCACUUAAGGAGGUUUGAAAGGUUUUCCUAGUUUCUUGAGGGGAACAACAAAAAAAAAACAAAAGAAAACCCCCCAUGAAAUUGCCAUUAAAAGCCUGAGCUUUGUGAAGAGCUGUCAUAAUUUUCCUUCCAGUGUUCCCUCCUUUGGGUGCUGCCAUUGCCUCUUUGGGACAGGGACCACUCAUAAAGUCUCAGUUGCUGCUCUGUAAAUUCUGGGUAGUAGAAACUUCUGCCAGUCCCACAGGUGAACCCAUCCCUGCCCAGAACAGUGCACAAAGGAGGAAGACCACAGAGCCAUGUGUUUUGUGUCCCAAUGAUCACAGCCAGGUUUCUGUGGAGUAACUUCUGGCUGAGUAAAUCACUUAAUUUCACAGGUGCAAGGAUUCCACCAGUGCCCUGGCAGGUGACAUUUCUGGUUUUGUCCCUGCUCCCAGUGAGGAUGCAUCCCACAUGGCCAUAUUAGAGCUCACACUUCAUACCUAUUUUCAUUAAGGGAAACUUGCCAGAAAAUCUGCUGAAAUAUGGAUGCUGUUAUUUUUUAUACAUGGUGUUCUGGCAUGCCAGCUAGCUUGGGAACGUGAAUAAGCAUGUUUUUUGAUCCAGCUAGGUUAAAAGCUUGGCAUCCAGCUGCCACAUCCAUGUGUUUAGCUUAUGGAGGCUGUGAACUAACUCUUUACACAUCUGAGAUAUGUGGAAGGAGAUCCUUGGUCCUAAUAAGCAUGUCAUGUUUCCGUUCUCGGCACACUGGCCCGCAACAAACACUUCCUUGUGACUCUGGUCUUCCUUUGAUCCCUGGGCUGUGACUCCCUGGCCUCCCAUGCCUUCAUACACCUAACCUCCCAUCUCCUCCUGCCAUGCACUGUACCAGCCAUUCCUGUCACCACCAGUGUACCAAUGGGAACAGCACAAUUUACCCAGUAAAUAACUUGUAAUUCCAUAUUUCCACGUAGUUGGGGGAAGGGGAGGAAACAGCACAAGGAGACCAAAGUCCAAAAAAUGCGUUUGAAAAGCAAUACUGUUCUAACAUCAUGGCAACAUUCAGUACAUCACCCCCCUGGAAGUGCAUCUCCAGUAAAUAGUUCAUUUCUCAAUAUAUUACUGUGCAUUUGCUUUUCUGUUUGUAUUUUUUUGGGGUUUCCUGGGGAAUAGUGAUAAACUAUGAAUCUGCCACGUGCACAAAGCACAAGAAUUUGACUUCUUGUGUCAGACAUGUAUUUCCUUACACCUGACUUUAUCUGCUGCUCCAGAGCACCUUAAGCACUGGUGUCAUAUCUAGCCCAUCCAAGAGGGCUGCACAGGGUUGAAAUGAAUGGCAGUAAUCUACAAAAGCUUUUUCCAGCCAUGGAGCCCAAGACAUCACGGUUGCAGAAGUGCCAGGGGGUUUCCACAGAAAUCCCACUGAUGUUUUUGAAGCCAAAGUCCCUUUUCAGGGAAUCAGCUGAGACAUCCUGAACCAGCAGAGGUGCUGUCCCUUCCUAAUUUCCCUGGGGCAGGCUCUCCCCAGAGGCAAGAGGGGAUAACUGGGCAGUGUCCCACAUGACAAAGCAAACCCUUUAACAGGGCAGAAAGGAAAUGGAGAAUUUUUCCUAGACCCUCCUCAGAGUCUGAGGUUAGUGCUGACUCUGGGAUUGGUUUUUAAGCUCAAUGUUACAGAGCCAAGCCUGAGGACACAGAGCAGCCACCUCUCACUUUCCACUGCCAGAUCCUGGCAGUGUUUAUCUGGCUGAGUUGGACUUUCCUUCAGGGAAGCCUGGAUGGGCUCCUUUCUUCCUGGGGGAGGGUGGUUCUCGGGUACAUCAGUCCCUUGCACAGCCUGCAGGCAUUUCCCCUCUUCACCCCAGCCCCUGCUUCAGGCUGCACUGCUUGUGCCAGCCAGAAGUCUGGGUCAUCUGAGGGAUGAGGAAUAGCUCUCAGACUAUUCCUCCAGCCCUGGUUCAAACUGUUUGUUGCAGUAACAGUUAACCCAUGCCGUCCUUUCUCCAUCUCUGUGCUACUUUCUGUGUCCUAAACUACUAUUUCAUCCCUC